AUGCUGGGACACGGAGACACAGAGAUGCUGGGACACGAAGACACGGAGACGCCCUCGCUCAUCCCGUCCGGGGAGUCGCUCGCCAACCUCCUGCCCACCGAGGAGCAAGCGGGGGAGGAGGAGAUGGCGACGGAGGAGGAAGUGACGACGACGGAGGAGGAAGUGAAGGCGACGGAGGAGGAAGUGAAGGCGACGGAGGAGGCAGUGAUGACAGAGGAGGAGGAAGUGAAGGCGACGGAGGAGGAAGUGAAGACAGAAGAGGAAGUGAAGACAGAGGAGGAAGUGAAGACAGAGGAGGAAGUGAAGACAAAGGAGGAAGUGAAGACAGAGGAGGAAGUGAAGACAGAAGAGGAGGUGAAGACAGAGGAGGAAGUGAAGACAGAGGAGGAAGUGAAGACAGAGGAGGAAGUGAAGACAGAGGAGGAAGUGAAGACAGAGGAAGAAGUGAAGACAGAGGAGGAAGUGAAGACAGAAGAGGAGGAAGUGAAGACAGAGGAGGAAGUGAAGACAGAAGAGGAGGAAGUGAAGGCGACGGAGGAGGAAGUGAAGGCGACGGACGAAGUGAAGACAGAGGAGGAGGUGAAGACAGAGGAGGAAGUGAAGACAGAGGAGGAGGUGAAGACAGAAGAGGAGGAGGAGCGGGGGAGGGGGCGCCACGUGGUGCCGUUCAGCGUGAGGCUCAACAACCUCGACUUCUCGGAGGAGGAGCUACGCGACGAGCAGUCGGCGCGCCACCAGGCGCUGUCGCACACCUUGCGUCUACAGAUGCAAAAGGGGUUCCAGAAAGUUCCAGGAUUCAAGGAGCUGAGGGUGACGGGCUUCAGGUCUCGGGGCAGCUCGGUGGUGGUCCGCUAUGAGGCGGAGUUUGAGGAUGGAGUGGCGGGGAGUGAUUGGACAGAAGGAGGAGGAGGGCUGCUGCAGGGAAACCUGGUCACCUCAGCCACAGGUGCCGGAGAGACGAACCCCAGACGGGAGUCGAACCGGGACUGGAGGAAGGUAGUGGCCGCGGCACUGAGUGACCGCGGAGUGGAUGCCAGCCAAGACCUCCAGGCGGCUGCGCUGCUGCAGCUGAGCGAAGCGAACGCAGAGGGCAGCGGCCUUGAGCCCGGCGAAUAUUCGGUGGCGGGAUUCUCGGAUGGUGUGGAAGAAGAUGAUGGUGGCGGCGGUGGUGGGGCGACGACCGCGACUGAAGCAUCUACUGUCCAGACGACUCCGCAGCACGAUCAGCAGGAGCAUCAACAGGAGGAUGUUGAGCAAGAACAGUCAGCGAUGGAAGACUCUGUCCAGACGACCGGGACAGCCGCGGAGACACAGACGGACGCGGAGGAGGUGGAGGAGGCCAGCGCCGAGAUUGAAACGGGAGAGGAAUCCGCCACUGACGACGAUGUUGUGGUGUUGGAGGCGCACCUGAUGCCCUCGUCUUUCGAGGAAGAGACGGCGAAUGGGAGACCCGGAGCUUCUUACCACCACCAAGAUGAGCACGAAGACCACCAGCACGACGACCACCUCCACUUCCUCCACGAAGUUCCGCUCGAUGGAGACGCCCUCGCCGGAGCAAUGGAGGGAGGUCACGACCCCGAGACUGUGAUGGCGGCAGUGGACACCACGGUAGUGGCAGCCGUGGCGGAGGUGGUGGUCGACGAGGCAGUGGCAGAGGAGGAGGCGGAGGAGAAUAUGGGUGGAGAGUCGAGCGGAGAGGAGGGUGGCGAGGGUAGCGGUGGCGGCAAAGGUGGCCAGGGCGGCGAGGUCGAGGAGGGUACCCAGGGUGGCAAGGGUGGUGACAAUGAAGAGGGUGGAGAUGGUGAAGACGUUGGCAAGGGCGGCCAAGGUGGCGAGGUUGGCACAGCGGAGGAAGCGGAGGAGGACGCGGGCGAUGAGGGCGUCGAGAGCUCGGAUGAGGCCCAGGCAGUGCAGUGGGACGACCGCUGGGCCGGGCCUCCGAUGACCUCGCCGGUGGUGGCCGUGUCGGGAUCGCGGGACCUCAUCGUCUUCUUCAGCCUCCGCGUCACCAACAUGGCCUUCUCGGAGGACCUCUUCAACAAGAGCUCCUCCGAGUACCGAGCCCUCGAGCAGAACUUCCUCGAACUGCUUGUCCCGUACCUGCAGUCGAACCUCACGGGCUUCCAGAACAUGGAGAUCAUGAACUUCCGCAAUGGCAGCGUGGUAGUCAACAGCCGCAUGAAGUUCGCCCACCACGUGCCCAACAACGUGACACGCGCCGUCCAUGUCAUCCUGGAGCGCUUCUGCAAUGCCGCCUACCAGCACAUGAACAUGGAGAUCGACCGGCAGUCACUGGACGUCGAAUCCGGCGACAAUGCGGACCCGUGCAAGUUCCAGGCAUGCAACGACUUCUCAGACUGCCUGCCCAACCGCUGGUCGGGCGAGGCCGAGUGCGUCUGCCGCCCGGGCUACGCCAGCGUGGGCGGCCUGCCCUGCCAGAGCCUCUGCGACCUCGACCCCUCCUACUGCCUGCACGACGGCAAGUGUGACGUCGUCGACGGGCAGGGCGCCAUCUGCAGGUGCCGUGUAGGAGAGAAUUGGUGGUACCGUGGCGAACGCUGCCAGGAGUUCGUGUCCGAGCCGCUGGUGGUGGGCAUCUCCCUCGCGUCCGUCGCCGGCUUCCUUCUCGUCUGCUCGGCCAUCGUGUUCGUGGUGGCGCGUGCACUCAGGGGCUCACGGAGAGACAAGGGGGAGGAGAGAGGUGGAGGAGGUGGCCGCUCGUCAUCCAGCUCGGGUGAAUGCAGCGGCAGCCUUUCGACGUCGCCGGAGGAUGCAGUGAAGUACAACCCGGCGUACGAGAGCGACGCGCCCACCACAUCACGCUACCAGCAACGGCGCUCGCCGCCUUCUGCCCCCUCCCUACUGGCGAGCGUCAGCGACAUGGGCAGCUCCAGCAGUGACCCCUCGCACAUUUACCAGCACGCCGAGCUCACACGGGAGGAGAUUGAGGAGAGGAUGCGGAUCGUGGAUCUGUACGCCCUGGACAAACACCGAACGGCUCAGCUCAAGAAACAGAUCAAAUGGCAUCAGCAGCAAAGCAGCAGCAGCAGCGGAGGCAAAGCAGGAACUUCUGGGCAUAACGGAUGAGGGCAGACGGGGAGAGCGAAACGGGAGAAUGGCCUCAACCAAGGCCACUGUACAGCCUGCUGAAGAUUCGAGCUACACACUCAUGGCAGACACACACACUCAACACACACUGGUGCAUACACCAAACACACACACACACAGGCGCACACACACUCACUGACUCACUCGCUACACAGACACGUAUGGUUCAUUCUCCUAUAACGCUUGUGUGUUCGCAACGCGAAUUGGAUAUAUGUGUAACUCGAUCGAGCUGAACGGAACUGCGUCGCGUGCCAGUAGGAUAUAAGCGGUGGGUUUGUAACGGCUGUUGCCUCGGCGUAGCGUCAUCAUAAUAUGAGGCAUCGGGAUGCAGCUGGAUAACUCUAGUUCAUGCUACCCGCACACACGGACCCCUCAGUCGUUGUUUAGCCUUCGUUACGCAUCAUCUCACAUGUUUUCGCUGAUUGUGCUUUAUUACAUGUUAUUUAUUAGUCAUCGUAACGUGAUCGAGCGGAACGUAACUACGUUGCAUGCCAGUAGGAAUAAGCGGUGGGUUUGUAACGGCUGUUGCCUCGGCGUAGUGUCAUCACCCAAGGUAUCGGGAUGCAGCUUGAUUACCUCUCGUAGAUGCCACCCACACACACUCACUCUCGGUCUUUGUUCAGAGCCUGCUUUUAUGCAUCAUCUCGUGCGUUAACGCGAACUGUGCUUUACCCUCUAUAAUUAUUUGAUAUUAUUUAUUUUAACGCGGGUGCAAAUUUAAUAUAUAUAACGCGAUUGAGUGGAAAUGGAACGAUGUUGCCAGCGAGUAGGAAUAAGCGGUGGUCGUAACGGCUGUUGCCUCGGUUUAGCAUCCUCAUCAUUAUCAUCAUCUCACAACAAGGCAUUGGGAUGUUGCUGGAUGCUUCUAGCUGAUGCUACCCACCAGAAAACCCUUAAUUCUAGGAAAUGUUAGUUACCUCACCUGGAAUACAGGAGGUUGUGGGUUCGAUCCGGACCCUGAUGCCUGCUAUUUCUUUGGACUGUGCAUCUCUCUCUCCUCGUGGUCGCGAGGUUUUUUUUUAUUCCUGGUCCUCCGGUUUUUCCGCUCCACAUUUAGAAUAAACAUCAUCACAUGUUCAGACUCGUUUGUCCGUUAUACAUUUUCACGUGAUGUUGAUGAUGAAGAUGAUGGUAAGCCCACUUGGUUGAGCUAUCCUUUGCGAUGGCCACGUCGCUUCUGAUAAAGAGCUGCACUGCUCAGUAGUGGACCUUACCUGGUAACAUUAAGAAGAGUUUAGUUUGUACUAGCCCUGUGUUACGCAUCAUCUCGCGCAUUAUCGCGGACCUGUGCUUUACAACCCCUAUACGAUACAGCAGAAUCCCCCCUCUUAACGACUGUAAUUGGUUCCAUUAAACCGAUCAUUUAGUGAUUUGAUCGUUAAGCGAGGAUAUGCAAAUGACCGUCAAUGGCUUGAUUCAUUCCGCUAGCAUCGAAAGUUAACACUUUUUCACCCAAAAACGUACUUUAUAGUAUUUAAACAUUGGAUAUGAAUACCCUAAAAUUAGUAACAACAUUAUAAACACAUACUAUUAAAGAACAUGGUUAAUCAAUGCAUUAAUUCAUAUUUGCGGUAACCUGCAACAGCCUGCCAUUAACAGGGGAAUGGUCGGUAAGUGAACGCAUUGGGCUCUAAGGAUGCACUACACUACGCUAUACACUGCUAUAAGUUACACAUUGGGAUUUAUGGAGACCCGUCGGUAAGUGCUUAGUCGUUAAAAGAUAAUAGUCAUUAAGAGGGGUUCUACUAGACACGACUAAACACUACACUACUAUACACUUCAUUAUUUACACUACGCCAUUAUACACGACUAUACACCACACUAUACACUACUAUACACGACACAAUACACCACACUAUGUACUACACUACUAUAUACUACACUAGUAUACCCUACACCACUAUAUACUACACUAGUUUACAAUACAUUACUAUACACUACACUACUAUACACUACAUUACUAUACACUACACCAUUAUACACGACUAUACACUACACUGUACACUACUAUACAGGACACUAUAUACCACAAUACUAUAUACGACACUAGUAUACCAUACACUACUAUAUACUACACU